AUUAGCUCUCUAGAUGUAUGCAGCUUAUCCAAGUAGACUGUAAUGUUUGUUUUUUAAAGCCGCAUAUUACUCGACAGAGCAGUUGUCGUUAAUUCAAGCACGCUUAAACAGCAUUUCGGGAUUUGGUGUUUUUUUUUUUCUUUGUCAACUCAAAUGAGCUAUUUAGCAUGCCAGCUAACGUUAGCUGGUAAAACUAGUUCAGUGAACGUCACCUCCGCGCUGAGCGCUGUUUGCAUCGAAAGAGCAGGAGUCACAUGAUUCAUCCAGAUCCUGUCUGCUGCGAGUAAAAGCUACACAUAGUCCAAGGUUUAAGUGACAAUGAAGCUGAUCAUCCUCAAUGACUACGACCAGGCAAGCGAGUGGGCUGCAAAGUACAUCAGAAACAAGAUUUUAUUGUUCAAACCUGGCCCGGACAGAUAUUUCACUCUGGGGCUCCCUACAGGAAGCACACCCCUUGGUUGUUACAAGAAACUGAUCGAGUACUACAAGAAUGGAGAAGUCUCAUUCCAGUACGUAAAAACAUUCAACAUGGAUGAAUAUGUAGGGCUUCCCAGAGAUCACCCUGAGAGCUACCACUCCUUCAUGUGGAAUAACUUCUUCAAGCACAUAGACAUAAAAGCCGAGAACACCCACAUCCUGGAUGGCAACGCCGCUGACCUGCAAGCAGAGUGCGAAACCUUUGAAGAGAAGAUAAAAGCUGCUGGAGGGAUUCAGCUCUUUGUCGGAGGUAUUGGACCAGAUGGCCACAUUGCCUUCAAUGAGCCUGGCUCAAGCCUGGUUUCCAGGACUAGGGUGAAGACGCUGGCAAAGGACACCAUCAUGGCUAACGCACGAUUCUUUGAUGGGGAUCUCUCAAAGGUGCCCACCAUGGCUCUGACUGUGGGAGUGGGCACUGUCAUGGACGCAAAAGAGGUCAUGAUUCUUAUCACGGGAGCACACAAGGCAUUUGCUCUAUACAAAGCUAUAGAGGAAGGUGUAAAUCACAUGUGGACGGUGUCUGCGUUCCAGCAGCAUCCACAGACUGUUUUUGUAUGUGAUGAAGACGCCACUCUGGAACUGCGUGUCAAAACUGUGAAGUACUUCAAAGGGAUGAUGCAUGUGCACAACAAGCUGGUGGAGAUUCCUCCUGAUGGGACAAAGAAGAACUGAGGAGAUCUUUUUCAAACUUCAAACUCCUGAGGCAUUUCCUUGAAAUAUUAACACUCCAGUGAUUCCUUAAUCUUCUGAUGGACAUCAAGCUGUACUUGGUGUGAACCUUAACUAAUGUUUGUAUUAAUGAUCAGGUGCUGGUUUUGUGAAGGUUUUCAGAUGAUUGUUCAUACAGCUUUGCUACUUAUUUGUUCUUUUUAAUAAAGUGCAUUUAAUUUUUA